UCCUCCCAGUCGGAUCUGGCUGACCGUGACGCGCCGACUUCGGAGCCGAGCGAGGUUUCCUGGCGGAGCUGCGGAGGGAGCAGGAGCAGGAGCAGGAGCCGAGCCGAGCCGAGCCGAGCCGGUCUGUGUGUCUGUCUGCCGCCACCGCAGCCUCUUGUCUGUCAGGGGGAGGGUGGGAGGGAGGCAGGGGGUGGGGGGGCACACGCAACGAAAACAACCCUCCUUUUUUAUCGGCUUUCACGGUCUGGACACGGCAUCAGCGGCUAUGGAUCCAUCGCUGUCGUCCUCCUGUUUUCACCAGUGAGGGACGUUACUCCGGCGGAUGCUCCAGUGCCCAUAGAGGAGGAGGAGGAGGGAGCGGAGGAGGGGGAGGAGGAGGAGGAGGGGGCAUCCUUGUCAUUAUUCGACUACCAGGCUGACUCACCGCUGCAGCGCCUCGCCACACAAGAAGAAGAAGAAGAAGAAGACGUUUGAGAGGGAGAGGGAUUGAGGACAGACAGAGAGGGAGGGAAGGAUAAAAAGACGGGAGAACUAAGCCAAAGAGAAUAGAGGUGAGGAGAAAGCCAGGUGGGGUCGGUGGGGCGUGAGGAGGGAAGAGAAAGUCACAGUGGGGGAGAGAACAUAGCUGAUCUGAGGUCAGGAGCAAGCUGGUAGCUCGGAGGUCAGUCGGAGGUCAGGCGGCGGUCAGGCGGAAGGCUGACUGAGCUUUGGCCCAAACAAGCUGCCCCGCCAAGUCCUCCCCCCCCCCCCCCCCCCCAACAACCGUCACCUCCACCGCCACCACUGUGGGACAACUGGUGCCGAGGAGGAGCCACCAUGAGCGACCAGAACGUCAUCAAGGAGGGCUGGGUCCAGAAGAGAGGCGAGUACAUCAAGAACUGGCGGCCGCGCUACUUCCUGCUGAAGACGGACGGCUCGUUCAUCGGCUACAAGGACAAACCGCAGACUCCGACCUGGCCUACCCCGCUCAACAACUUCUCCGUCGCCAAAUGUCAGCUGAUGAAGACGGAGCGGCCCAAGCCCAACACCUUCAUCAUCCGCUGCCUGCAGUGGACCACAGUCAUCGAGAGGACUUUCCACGUGGACACUCCGGAUGAGCGGGACGAGUGGGCCGAGGCCAUCCAGAUGGUGGCCGAGUCUCUGGCCAAGCAGGAGGAGGAGGGCAUCCUCAGCAGCCCCACCUCGCAGAUCGAGAACGUCAACGAGGAGGAGAUGGACACCUCCAUCGGCCACUACAAACGAAAGACAAUGACUGACUUUGACUAUCUGAAGCUUCUGGGCAAAGGCACCUUUGGGAAAGUCAUUCUCGUGAGGGAGAAGGCCAGUGGCACCUACUACGCCAUGAAGAUCCUCAAGAAGGAAGUCAUCAUAGCCAAGGAUGAAGUCGCUCACACGCUCACAGAAAGUAGGGUAUUAAAAAACACUCGGCAUCCGUUCCUCACGUCCCUGAAGUACUCGUUCCAGACCAAGGACCGGCUGUGCUUCGUGAUGGAGUACGUCAAUGGAGGAGAGCUGUUUUUUCACUUGUCGAGAGAGAGGGUCUUCUCGGAGGACCGCACUCGCUUCUACGGCGCCGAGAUCGUCUCGGCUCUGGACUACCUCCACUCUGCCAAGAUCGUGUACCGGGACCUGAAGCUGGAGAACCUCAUGUUGGACAAAGACGGCCACAUCAAGAUCACGGACUUCGGCCUCUGCAAAGAAGGCAUCACCGACACUGCCACCAUGAAGACCUUCUGUGGAACCCCGGAGUACCUGGCUCCAGAGGUGCUGGAGGACAACGACUACGGCCGGGCGGUGGACUGGUGGGGUUUGGGCGUGGUGACGUACGAGAUGAUGUGCGGCCGCCUGCCGUUCUACAACCAGGACCACGAGAAGCUGUUCGAGCUCAUCCUCAUGGAGGAGAUCAAGUUCCCCCGGACGCUGUCGGCCGACGCCAAGUCGUUGCUGUCGGGGCUGCUCAUCAAGGACCCCAACAAGCGGCUCGGCGGAGGACCGGACGACGCCAAGGAGAUCAUGAGACACAGUUUCUUCAACGCCGUCGACUGGCAGGACGUCUACGACAAGAAGCUGGUCCCGCCCUUCCAGCCGCAAGUCAGCUCAGAGACGGACACGCGCUACUUCGACGAGGAGUUCACAGCACAGACCAUCACCAUCACUCCUCCAGAGAAAUACGACGAGGACGGGAUGGACGCGGCGGACAACGAGCGAAGGCCUCAUUUCCCACAGUUCUCGUACUCGGCCAGCGGGCGGGAGUGAGCGGGCGCCGUGGUCCCCCUUCGUGGCCAUUCUGAGGAAAACACGUAGCCAUUUUAGGAAAAAAAAGACAAAAAGAAAAAAAAUCCAGUCUCCCCUCUUUUUCUCCUUGUGCCUCCUCACAGACGGGGGAGUCUUUUUAGGGACUUUAAAGAGGAUUUUGCACAGUGGGGAAGACUCCAGCCGGUCUCCCCACACAAAAAAAUAAGUCUCCUACAUUUUCAGCGCUAUUUACUGCAGAAGGCAAUGUUUUUGUUAUUUCUUUUUUCCGUCAGUAUUAAGUUGUCGACCCGGUUGCGUUAUUUCGUUUUUUUUUUUUAGUUUUUAUUUGUCGUUUCUGCCCUUUUUCUUUUCUUUUGACUUUUUUGCACUUGGUUUGGAAGAGCCGUUUUAGGGAACAAAAACCAAAAAUGUUGCCUUACGUGUGCAGAUGUUUCGUAUCAUACCGACAGGGUGUUUUGGUUCAUUCUUUUUGUGUGUGGGGGGGGGGGGGGUUGUGAGUCAUUCUUAGUGGAGAAUAAGUGCUCGAAAAAAAAGAGAGAAAACGACAAAAAAAAAAAACGUUUUUCGUUGUCAUUUGCCAUGGCGGCGCACAUUCCCCCAUUCCCAUGGCAACGAGGUCCCGCCUACUAAGAGGAGGGUGGCGACGGACGGGUCUGUAACGGCCCUCAGCGUCUUCGCUCUCGUCUGUCUUUUUUUUUUUCUCUCUCGCUCUUCACCUCAAAAUUUUGCUGUUUUAUAUUUUCUAUAGUUUUUUCUUUUUUUCUUUUUGUUCAAACAGGAAAACACUAAACUGCCAGAAACUGCACAGUUCACUCAGGCGCCACAGAGCACAACCGCGUUCAAACUCAGCUCACCGGCUGCUUCCUCAUCACGGCUUCUCCUCCUCUUCGUCGCCCCGCUCUGUGUCCUCGUGGUAUCUGUACGACUAGUGGUUUACACAGGGACAUGUGACUUAAAGUAUGUGCGAUACAGGGGGGGUCAAAGGUUAAGUUUAUGCUGUCAUAGCGCGCACACACGCGCACACACACACGAUGACACUGAUCAGACUGAAGUCGACCGUUGGCUCAGACUAAAUCUAAUUCAUAUCCGUCCCUCCCGCUGCAGACCUGAGGGGGGGGACGACGACAUGUCGGGGACACUUGAGGGACUUGUUGUCCAGGGGGAACGAGGCUGACCGGAGAACGUGUCACAGGGAUUGCUCAUACGCUUCCUUCGAGCGUCAGCCUGGAGGGGGUUAGCUUAGCCUAGCCUAGCCUAGCUUAGCUUAACCGUGGAGAAGGUGGGGUUAUUGAAACAAUAGAGGCCUGAGAUAAAGCUGAGUGUCUCCAAACACUUUGUCAGUACCACUGUAACCUAUUUGCUCUCUUUUAACAAUUCAUUUGAUAAAUGUGACUUUAUUUUUUCACUUGUUUGAACAAAACGGCCGACUUUAAUCUGACCUGCUGUUUCUCCGGUGAUGCUCUUCAGGGUUCCUGCACACCUGAAAGCUUCAGAGGAAAGCAAAGGUUUAUUUUUGGGGGGAAAUGAGAAACGUAUGGAAGUCUGUGCAGGAACCCUGACACACACACACACACACACACACACACACACACACACACAGCUACACAAAGACUGUUUGUACACAAUGGACCAGAGCAGAGAUAAUUCCACUCAUCACACUAACAGAAACGAAAGCUUCCAGCUCCGGAUGCAGGGCUCCUGUCAGUAUUAAGACGUCUCAAUAAAUCACCAAUCAUGUCAACGAUCCCGAGAAAACUGAGCCGUGAGACACUCCUGUUGGAGACUGUGAGGACUGCCAGAGGAGAAGUCCAGUCGCCCCAAACUUCUUCAUGUAAAUAUGCAAUGCCUUUUUUCUUUCUUUUCUUUUUUUUUGGGGGUCGUUUUGUGGACGAGACACAAACAUGUUUUAUUUGACUUUACGUGUGACUGUACUUCCAGCUUGAUGAGAGUAGUGACUGAAAAAAUACAACCAACGACUCUAAACUCCAAGUAAAAAAAUGAAAAAAUAAAGGGAAAGACCCCCCCCCCCUUUUUAUUGUUGCACCGACUCAAGUUCUCGUCAACGGAGGAUGUUUCCAUGGAGACGGCUCGCCUUCGUUCGGUUGCCAUGGUCCCCGGAUAUGAUCGACUCCCGACUUGGUGCACUGUCACUUCUGCCCCCCCCCCCUCCGACAAAGCGGGACCACAGAGGACCUUUUUAUUUUUUUGCAGUGCUGGUUUCAUCAGGUUGUUCAGAUCAUCCUUUGCCCCCCCUUUUUGUACCAUAGUAUGUUUUAUUUAUGUUGGUUAUCUAGGCAGUGUUUCCUUGUAUGUCGAUAAAAAGGCACCUGUUGAGUCGCUGAUGAUGAUGAUGAUGAUGAUGGAUGCAUUAACUGAAGUCUUUUCUUUUUUUUUUGAUCGUUUGCUUGUUUGUUUUCUUACCAAAACAUUAGGGCAAGAACUCAGUAGUGGACUUGCGUUGCUGUGGUAGUAUUUAUUUUGAAUUAAAUUAAAAGAAAUACAUUUCAGGGUU